UCACAACAAAACGGAACCAAGGACAGGGUGUUAGAAUAACUAAGUGACUUCCGCUUCGUCGACAACACCUCCUCACACAAAUGUGAUUUUUACUGAAGAAUCCCUGUUAUUUAUACAAUGAUUAAAGCCAUUCUAGUAUUUAAUAAUCAUGGGAAACCAAGAAUGUCCAAAUUCUACCAGUUUUAUCCAGAAGAUUUACAACAACAGAUAAUUCGUGAAACAUUCCACCUGGUAUCUAAAAGAGACGAUAAUGUGUGUAACUUUCUAGAAGGUGGAACGUUAAUUGGAGGCUCAGACUAUAAGUUAAUAUACAGACAUUAUGCUACUCUAUAUUUUGUUUUCUGCGUUGAUUCAUCGGAGAGUGAGCUUGGUAUCUUAGAUUUGAUACAGGUGUUUGUAGAAACAUUAGAUAAAUGCUUUGAAAAUGUAUGUGAGCUGGACCUUAUAUUUCAUGUUGAUAAGGUUCAUUACAUUCUUGGAGAGCUAGUUAUGGGAGGAAUGGUCCUAGAAACUAAUAUGACAGAAAUUAUGACCAGAAUAGAGGAACAAAAUAAGUUGGAAAAAUCAGAGGUUACGUUCCAAAAGGCUGCAUUGGCUGGUAUCUCUGCUGCUCCAGCUAGAGCUGUUAGUGCUGUCAAGGAUAUGAAUAUUCCACAGAAGUUCAAAGACAUGAAGUUACCUGACCUUCCUAAUUUUAAACUGUCAUGAAUAUUCAACAUUCAGCUCAUGAAUAUUUAUAAGAUCAAAUCAUGUUGUCAUUUUCAUAUCACAUCUUAUAUUGUUUAAUUUUUAUCUUUAUGGUGAAAUUGUACUAAUUCUCGGAUACGUAAUAGGAAAAGUUGACAUUUGCUACUACAUGUACAUCCUUUUAAUUAAAUCGGAAAUUUAUUUUUUUAUUUUCAAAACUGAAGCUGCAGGGUGAUACAGUUGUAUUCAUUGAAAUAAAAUAGGUAUACACUUUCACUACAAACCGAAAUAUGAAAUUGACAUACAAUAACAUUCUCUUUUUUUUAAAUUGCAUAAAGUUUGUGAAAAGAUAACAUUUUUUUUCUAUGAAGUGUUGAGUUUGUCACUAACAUAUUUUUGACAUGCAAGAACAUUCUGUUUGGAAGAUUGCAAAAUUUCUGUCUUUGGUUUAAUAAAUAAAUAUAAAAACCUACAAAGUAAAUGUUUGGCAAAAAUUCUGUCCUAUAAUCAAUAGAAUAAUUAAAAGUUAAUAUAAAAUAGAGUUGUCUCCUCUUACAAGAAAAAUAUGAAACCAUGAUAUGAACAUUUGGUUACUUUUAGGGUCUACAGGCAAUAUAUAUACGUAGAGGUUUAGAAAAUGUAUGUUAUUUAUGAUUGUUGUUGUUGAGAUGAAAAUACACUAAUGAAUAAAUGACCUUAAAUGUU